GUAGGAAGGUCUUGAUUUCUAUCCAUCCAUCCAUCCAUCUCCUUUUCAGGGUCACGGGAGAACCUGGAGCCUAUCCCAGGGAGUAUCGGGCACAAGGCGGGGUACACCCUGGACAGGGUGCCAAUGGUCUUGAUUUCAUUCAAACAAUUAGACAUUUACACACAUUCCCAACCAUGGUCUUGUACAUUUGAGUGUUUUCCUGACACACACACACACACACACUUUAACUCAGGAAGAGCAGUUAGCUGAUAAGUUUGAUCAGGCAUGUUGGGAGCAAGACACUGAGUUCUCCAGGGUCACCAGUUGGGAACCAGUCUUCUAAAUCACCUGAGAAAUAGAUUAACAAUCUUAUCUGUAGUGCACAAAUACUGGAAAUACUGAGGCAUUUAAGAUUUAGGCCCCUGACCCCCCAUUAAAAAAAAACAAACAAACAAACCUAAAUUAGCUUGCAGUUGAUGAGGUCUGAUUGUUGCUGCACCUGUUGUUAAUCACAUUCACUAAUGAUGAGUUUAAAGCCAGGUUCAGUGGUGAGGGGUGAGUUCGUGUGAGAACAUGGCAGCCAGAAGAACUCGUAAAGGAAGCCAAAGUUCUGAAGCUGUCCAGAGAGACCAAGCAGCUGAUAAACUCAGGAAAAGGAAAGAGCUGUUCAUUCAGCAGUUUGAGAAAGAAGCACAGGAACGCAUAAAUGAAAUGGAGGCCAAGUUGGACAAAUUAUUAGCAACACUGGACCGAGCAGUGAAAAUCGAGAUGAUGAAACUGCCUCAGUCUCUUCAUACCACGUUGAUGAAAGAUAUAUUGAGUGCGCAGGAAACAUCUGUUGGAGAAGUUACAAUGGUGAUCGGGUCUGUGUCUCCGGAGAUUAGCAAGCCCCUCAGCAGAAAGCCCAGCAAAAAAGGUAAGGCGAGCACGCCAAUGGCAGCAGCACAAAGAUCAACAGGUCAGGUGAAGACGGACGACGAUAACAAGAGAAAGCCCAGGAAGAAAAUGCAGCCCAGUAACAGCACUGGGAAUCUGAGAUGCGUCUCAACAGUCGGUGCCAAAAGAACUCAAGGCCGCGUGCUGAAGCUGAGCGACCAAGCUCUUCGGCUAGGUGGUAAUAUGAAACUACCGAGUCGGUCACUCAGUGACGAUCUCUCAGGACUCGCUACAGCCACCAUCACCACCUCGCUCGGAGAGACUUUGUUUCUGUCGGAGGAGAACAAGGAUGAAGUCAAACUUGAACUUCUGGAUGAGAUGGCUUUAUGCCAGAUGCAAAAGAUUAAGGAGCUGAUGGAAUAUCUGUGCAACAAAGUCAAGCUGAGCAAUACUCACUGACGGCUUAAAACUGAAUUUGUUUUAAUGGUUUAAUAUUCUAAUAUAAUAAAUAUAUAUACUUUUUUCCUGGAGUACUACCUUUUUUUUUGUGCACUGCAGCACAAAUGCAUCUUACUGAAAAGCAAAAAAUAAGUUAAAUGGGGGGGGUGUUUUUUAAGGAUCUCAGGGGCUAUGUUGAAUUUCCUCACGACGUAGAGCUUCAACUGACACGUUAACCACUUAAUCUUUUUAAAGAUCUCUCAGUGGUGUAAAUCAUCUUUAAAUAAAUGGAAGUGUGAGGUAAGGGGAAUAAAGUUAAGACGUGCUGUUGUAGAGAAACCGGUCCCUACACCAGAACACGUCUGGACUGCAUUUUCUCACGUGUAUUACGGUAUGCAGCGUCGUGACACUUAAGAUCUACACAAAAUUACGACCAUGUACUUAGUCUGAGUAAUUACAGUGAUUGCCACUAAUAUUGGCACCCUUGGUAAAUAUGAGCAAAGAAGGCUGUGAAAUUUAUUUAUUCAAGCUUUUCGGUCUUUCUUAAAAACUCGUAUUUGUCUCUCAUAGAUAUCACACAAUUGCAAACACUCUUA